AUGGAUAAUACCUUGAUUAAACUAGAUAAAUACCAAGGUAUCAUCUCUAGCUCCAAACUUGUCCAAGAAACUGUGCAGAUUUUGGAAAAAUACCUGAUCACAUCUGUACCUGUAAUACGAUGUCUUGCAUUGGGAUCUCCCUCAGAGAGUAAUGCAGCACUUUACCAAUUGGCGUACUUAAAUGAAUUGGUUCUGCACUUUAAGACAGCACAAGUUACAUUGUUCGACCCCGUAUUUAACGAUAAAGACGAGGAUAUUUUUCAGAAGUUCAAUUAUCGCAUAGAAUCGUCAUUUGUACCGCCCUCCAAUCGCCAAGUGCUAUAUUUUCUACCUCAUGCAGACUUGCGAAUGACGGAAGAGUUGUUUGAGACUGACAAACCACUAUGGUUAUUAAGUAACGAUAUAAUAGCCCAUACCGACAGGUACACCAAGAGGAAGCUUUUCGAUGAGUACAGGACAAUAUCUUUGGUGAAAAACUUAUUAGAGAAAACCGAUCGCCAAUCUCUGUCUGGUCAGCCUAGUGAGUUCCAAGUAGUAGCAUCGAAAAAAUCAAGAAGAAACAAGAAAAGUGUCUUCGUUGAGCCUGAAAUAGAAUAUAAAUACAGUGAGGUAUAUUUCAGAGAAGUCAAAGCAACAAAGCUUUUGCAAGGUGAAGGAAGCUGGGGUAAUGCAUUUUCAGAUCUAGCUUUUCAUUUGGUUGUUUCAAAGGAUUCCGAGUCAGGAGAAUCUUCUGAGGCAAUAGCUACUGGAACCCAAUGA